AGACCCUCCGAGUUCGUCGCCGCUCUCCGAGAAAAUGAUGAAGAAACGCCGCGUUCCGCAGGUCCUUUGGCGCCUCUUCCACCACCGCGCCCGCACUCUGGCCCACACUCUCACCUCCUUACUCCCUCCUCAUUCUUCCUCUCCAAACGCCCAAUGUCGUUUCUGCAAGGGCCGCCGUUGCCUCAGCUGCUGCACCGGCCCCGACGCCGUGUCGUUUCUCCUCCGACCCGACGAUCCCUCCGAUUACCGCUCUCUCCUCGACAAGUGCUUCGUCGUCGUCUCCGAAAACGCGCCCGGCAUCACUCGCUUCUCCCCUGAAUCUCACUGGUCCCAAAUUGAGAUCGUUAGAGCAGUCAUCGAAACGACGAUGCUGGAGCAAUCUAUGUCUUCCAAUGUGAUAUGCAAUGGUUAUGAUAAGCGUGACAAGUCAAGCACCAUUGUAGAACUUCUGACUUCUUCGGCUUGGUGUCUUCUCUUAGAAAGGGUUGGCGAUGGCAUUAUGGUUUAUUUACUAAAGAAUGCGUCGGUAUUUUUGCGAAUUCCGGAUAAGAAACACCAGCAGGUGACAGGUCCUCCCAUUAGUGACUUAUGUCGUAAGAGGUUCUAUUGCACACCGAAUUCACAACGGCAACCGUCAUCCCUUGCUCCAUGUGGACCGCGGAAAAAGAGGAAAAGAGAUGAUAAUGUUCACCCAAUGUUAAAGAAAAAGCAGUUCAUGAGUUCAGUCAGCAUUGGAGAAAGCUCGAGUUCUGGUACCUGCAAUGGCUGCUGUAACCAUAGUGAAAAUUACAGGCUUACGCAUAGUCAUAUAAGUUUCUCUGAAGCAUCUUCACCAGCAAGCAGCACGCUUACCAAUGAUUAUGAAGGGAGUUUAAAUCAGGAACUUACAGAGAGUUUGGAAACUCUAAGAAAGCGUUCAAGACCAUUUCGUUGGCAGCGCUGCAGGAAACGCAGACAGUUAUCUUUGCAAGAAACUGGUGUUAAGGGUCUUUUCAGAACUACUGUCGGUGAUAAACAAUGGUUACCUGGCAGGCUUUCGUCUUCCUUGAAACCGAGCUUAGGUCGACAUUAUGAACAGUGCAAUUGUUUGGGGUUCCAAGUUCCCCAAAAGGUUUCCAAUGGUGCUCAAAUAGACAGGAAAUCCUUGUUCUUCAAUUUGGAAUCUUCUUCAUCAGUCUUUCCUAAAAAGCAUGUGCUGAAUUCUGUAAAGCCUGAUUCUGUUGGUUCAGAGUUUCUUGUUCAGAGUAUUUUUGGCAUAUAUGACAUAGAAAGUGCACUGUCAAAGAUAUGUCCCAAUGGCAGUGGUCUUUGUCUCAUGGGAUCUACAUGCCUAUAUCACUCGCUUGUUAAGUUGCUUAAAAUUCUUAUACGUAGAGCACAGUAUGGCCAUCAUGUGAGAUUACUGGAAAAGCAUUGUGUUGUUAGAACUGUAAAUCCUAAUACAAUCAAAAGCGGUGGUUGCAUCUCUGAGGGAGAAAAGUGGGAGUACAAUGUACUCAAGAAAUCUCAGUGUUGUACUGCGGACCAUUGCAAUAAAUCUCCAGAAGUUAGUGAAUCUUUCUCUGAUGAAAUUAAGUCUUACUGCUUGAACAGUCAGGUGGAGUCAUUUAUAUGGGCUGUUUGUAGGAGUAUUGUUCCUCCUGAGUUGCUAGGAACUCCUUCUAACUGGAGAAUUUUGAGGAGAACUAUUUCAAAGUUCAUUCGACUUAGAAGAUUUGAAAGGUUUUCCUUAAAACAAUGUAUGCAUAAAUUGAAAACGUCUAGGUUCCCGUUUCUAUCAAAUAAACAUUAUUUCUGUUGCAUGAAUAAUGAGGCACCGAAACAUGCGGAUGGAAAAGGUGUAGACAUUCAAAAGGGAUCCAGUACAUUGAAUGAUGCUGUACAUAUUGUUAAAGUAAAACUCUUAGAAAGUUGGAUUUAUUGGUUCUUUUCAUCUGUAGUUGUGCCAUUGUUGCAAGCCAAUUUCUAUGUCACUGAAAGUGAGCAUGGGAAGCAAGAUGUAUAUUACUACCGGAAGUCAGUUUGGGAGAAGGUGAAGAAUAAGACCAUUGUCACUUGCAUGGAUCAGAGCUAUCAAUAUUUGGAUGAUGCGACAACUAGAAGAAUUAUAAGGAAACGAUCAUUUGGGUUUUCAAAGCUCCGGAUUUGUCCAAAAGAGUAUGGAGUGAGGUUGCUAGCAAAUUUAAAAGCACCAUCAAAAUUGCCAGGGAAAGAGUCCUGUUUGGCAGAUCACUCUAGUGGAAUAUUUAGAGGAAAGAAACUGCAUAGGAGAAAGGUUAGAUUUGAGCAUUUCAAGUCCGUGAAUCGUGUUCUUCGUGAUACACAUGUUGUUCUAAAAGCUAUGCAGCUGAAAGAGACAGGGAAAUUAGGAUCAUCGGUGUUUGAUUACAAUGAUGUAUACAGAAAGUUGUGCCCAUUUCUAAUUGGCAUGAAGAGUGGAUUCACUAUGAUACCUGAUGUGUUUAUCAUUGUCUCUGAUGUAUCAAAAGCCUUUGAUACUGUUGACCAGGAUAAGCUGCUUGGUGUGCUGAAAGAUGUUAUAAGAGCAGAUGAAUAUUUUCUCCAGCAGUCUCAUCAUGUCAUUUUCAAGAAGGGUUCACUAAGGAUUCAUGAUAACCGUGCAUUUCUAGAUCAAAAUACUGGCUCAAGAUUUAAGUCUAAAUUACGUAGUGUCCUUGUUAAUCAGGAGUGCAGCAGGUCUGUGAAGAAGAAGGAGCUAUUUUUUAAUCUAAAUGAGCAUGUGAAGCGCAAUGUGCUGCAGUUGGAUAAAAAGUUUUAUCUGCAACGUAUCGGUAUUCCUCAAGGAAGCGUUUUGUCAACUUUGCUUUGCUCAUUAUACUAUGGACAUCUCGAUCAGAAUGUGAUCUUUCCAUUUCUUGACAGAACUUGGGAACCUUCUAUUCCAGAUUUAUCAAGAGGACAUGAUUUUCAAGUUGCUUCUGCUGCAGAGAGUAGCAGCGAGGAUAAAAUAUCAUCAUCUUCUAGAUAUACUCUACUUAGAUUUAUUGAUGAUUUUCUUUUCAUUUCAACCUCAAAGGCGCAGGCUGCCAGCUUCUUCUCCAGGUUGCAAAGAGGAUUUCGGGAUUACAACUGCUACAUGAACGAGAAAAAGUUCUGUGUAAAUUUUGAUAUUGGAAACUUGCCAUCAAACAGGGUCUACAGUGGUGAUGAUGGCAUUUUAUUUAUUCGAUGGAGUGGCUUGCUUAUCAAUUCUCGCACACUUGAAGUUCAGGCAGACUAUACGAAGUACUUGAAAAACCAUCUAAGUUCGACUGUUACUGUCCACUACCAAGGCAAACCUGGUCGCCAUUUUAAAGGAAAGUUGCGUGACUACAUGAGACCUAAGUGUCAUCCCUUAUUCUUUGAUUCCCACAUUAAUUCAGCAUCGGUUGUGAGAUUAAAUAUCUACCAAGCAUUCUUGCUAUGUGCAAUGAAGUUCCAUUGUUAUGUUCGUGACUUAUCAUGUAUCUGCAAAUUUCACUUUGGAUUUUACGCUUACAGUAUCCAAAAAUCUUUGAGGUACAUGCACAGGCUCAUAAAGAAAAGGAUGUGUUCAUUGCAUACUGGCUCUAACUUCAGCCCAAUUCUUCAAUUGGAAAAGGGAGAAGUUGAAUGGCUUGGUUUAUAUGCUUAUAUCCAAGUAUUGAAGAGAAAACAAUCACGGUAUAAGGAGUUGCUCUCCUUAUUGAAGUCCAAGUUGUUAAAUCAUAAGAUAACGGGCUGCGUUUCUUCUGAGCUAAGUUAUGCAGUUGAUAGAUCACAUUCUUCUGUAAUUUGGAAGAUCAAGUAUUAGAAGAUUCUGAGAGGUGCUGAAAUAGGCCAUCCCUGUCUUCUCAUCUCCCUUUUAUGCAUUAUCAACGAUCCUUAUACUCUUAGAUAUGUUAUGUUAUACUGCAAUGCUAUAGAAUUUUGCGUUUUUGCACAGAUUUACGGACUAAAUUGUGGAUCAUGUUUCAUGACAAAGUCUGAGAUCCAUCACUACAGAUUCACCUCUGUGACAAUGUAAUAGAGUUCGUGUGUCUUGUAGACGGAAACAUCACAUACCUCCAUUGUAAAUUGUUUUUAGCCUUGGCUUGCCUGGUUGUGGAUUGAAUACAGAGCUGGA